CCUCGCCUCAUUCUCACUGCAUCACCGAGCUCACUGGCAAUGGCUACUAGCACCAAGCUCGUGGCCCUCGGCUUUGCCGUCCUCCUGAGCAUUGGGUUCUCCAAUGCGGCGAGGGUAGUUAGGUAUGGUAGUCAAGCCUCUGCAGGAGGCGGCGGUGGCGGUGGGGGAGGCGGCUCCGGGUCGACUGGGGCUGGCUAUGGCGGUGGGUCUGGCGGCGGCGGUGGUUAUGGCAAAGGCCUGGGUAGCGGGGACUGGUGGAAUAACUUCGUCUCCAGUGUAGCCGGCGGUGGAGGAGGAGGACAAGGCGGAGGUGGUGGCACCAAUGGUGGAUCCGGGUCCGGCGGUGGGUCCGGCUAUGGUUCCGGCAGCAGUUCGACUGCAGCCUCUGGCCCCAGCAGUGGCAACUACGCCAACGCUGAGGGCAAGGGCGCCGGUGGAGGCAUGGGCGGUGGUGCCAAUGGCGGCUAUGGUACUGGAGCCGGCGGAGGUGUUGGCAAGGGCCAGGGUGUGAGUGGCGUGGCAUUGGCACCAGGGUCCGGUGGUGGCUACUACAAUGGCGGUGCCGCUGAUGCUACCGGUGGUGGUUCCGGCGCUGGCGGUGGAAAUGGCGGUGGCGCAGUCGGAGCUCCAAGCUACGGAACUGGAGGUGGCCUCGGUGGAGGCAAGGGUAUGGCCGGCAGCGACGGUUCCUGGGGUUCAGGUUAUGCUGAGGGUAUCGGUGCCGGCACAGGCGGCGGUGGUGGUGGCGGAUCCCAAGGCGGCUCUGGUGGCGGUGGUGGUGGCGGCUCUGGAUCUGGCAGCGGUGGAAUCCACUGAGUUUUCCUUGAUUUGCUUCUUGGAGCAAGCCACAGCAGCUGGAGCCCAGCAAUAGUGUCAGUCCAUUUUGGUGUCGUUCGUGUAACUGAGUUUUCCUUGAGAGUUGGUGGUUUUCGAUUUCUUUGUUACAAGAAUUAGUCAGGAAUAAUGGAUUUCGUGAUUGUGGUUCGAGUAGGUAGUCCAGAAUGCAACUGACGUGGAUGUAAUGGCUAUCUACGAGUAUGCAUAUCGUCAUCUUUUGCUGCUGUACCCCUUGUUGUAAUCUGUUUCUCAUCGAUCGUUAGAGGUCGUUGUUGCCGGUUUUUAUCUUUCAAAACAAAAAUAUAUUGGAACUCUUGCAGUCU